CAACACUACUAUAUAACAAAUAAUUUGAGCUAAUAUAGGUUUAGGAUAUUAGAUAGUUACACGUUUAUCAGACAAACUGAGAAUGGCAGAUCCUGAAGUCGAGGUCUCCGCUAGUGGUGAUGUUAGGGUGGAUGCUAAAGGCAACUGGGACUCUUCAAAGAGGGUGUCGUCUAUGAUCGCGAUGUUCGGCGGGACCAAAAAAGCACCAGCUAGAGUAAUUGAUGUGAAAGUUGGGAAGGGUGGUAAAGUUCAGAUGAAACCAUCAGCAUCAGUAGCAGCAGCAGCGUCUUCUAAAGCUGGGGUAUCCGGGGAUGCUGGAGUAUCCGGGGAUGCAGCAGUGAAACUACCAGUUUUCAAACCCCCUGUCCCGCUACCCGUUAGCGCGGAAAAGAAGAGGUCUUCUUCUUCCGAUUCUGACGCAAAGAAAGAUAGAAAGUCACGCAAUAAGUCUCAUAGUGACAGUAGGAGUUCUUCCACUAGCUCUUCCUCCUCCUCUUCCAAAUCAAGAUCCAGUAAAUCUUCAGAAAAGAAGAAAAAGAAGAAGCGUAAGAAGAAGUCUUCCAAAUCUUCUAAAUCAUCGUCCAGUAGCAGCAGUUCCAGCAGCAGAAAUCUUACAAGAGUUAAACUGAAACUGAUUGAAGAAAUUUUCAGUUCUUCUUCGAGCUCAUCCUCUAGUUCAUCCUCUAGUUCAUCCUCUAGUUCCAGUUCUUCAUCUUCGAGUAGUUCUGGAUCGGAUGACUCAAAGAAAAAGAAGAAAAAGAAGAAGAAGAAGAAGAAGAAGUCCGGAUUUGGAUUCAGCUUUGGUGGUGGAGCUGAUGCAGAUGCCGGAGCUGGAGGUGAAGCUAACGGAGGACUUGACCUCGGAGGAGGUGGAGGAUUGAGUCUCGGUGGUGGCCUCGGUGGAGGUAUUGACGUUGGUGGAGACGCUGGUGGAGACAUCGGAGGUGGUCUUGGAGGAGGUUUAGACCUGAGCGGAGGUGCUGAUAUUGCCGCUCCCAGUGUUGAAGUUGAAGCAGAAGCCCCAGAUGUUAACCUCGGUGGAGGUCUUGGAGGAGGUUUCGGUGGAGGUCUCGGUGGAGGUCUUGGUGGAGGUCUUGGUGGAGGUCUGGAUCUCGGAGGAGGAGCCGACCUAGAUGUAGAUGUGCCAGAACCUGAAAUAAAAGUGAAAGCUGAAGCACCAGAUGUUGACAUCGGAGGUGGCAUUGGAGGAGGUAUUGGAGGAGGUUUCGGUCUCGGAGGAGGAGCCGAUAUAGAUUUAGAUGUACCGGAACCAGCAGUCGAAGUUAAGGCUGAUGUACCAGAUGUUGAUAUUGGAGGCGGUAUUGGAGGAGGUUUCGGAGGAGGUUUCGGUCUCGGAGGAGGGGCCGACAUAGAUGUAGAUGUACCGGAACCAGCAGUCGAAGUUAAGGCUGAUGUACCAGAUGUUGAUAUCGGAGGCGGUAUUGGAGGAGGUUUCGGAGGAGGUUUUGGAGGAGGCCUAGGUGGAGGCAUUGAUGCUGAUGUAAGUGCACCUGAAGUAGAAAUUGAAGCUGAAGCACCUGAUCUAGAUAUCGGAGGAGGAAUUGGUGGUGGAUUUGGUGGAAGUCUGGACCUCGGAGGAGGAGCCGACAUAGAUGUAGAUGUACCUACACCUGAAGUAGAAAUUGAAGCUGAAGCACCUGAUCUAGAUAUCGGAGGCGGUAUCGGAGGUGGAUUUGGUGGAGGUUUCGGUGUCGGAGGAGGAGCCGACAUAGAUGUAGAUGUACCUACACCUGAAGUAGAAAUUGAAGUUGAAGCACCUGAUCUAGAUAUCGGAGGCGGUAUUGGAGGCGGUUUUGGUGGAGGUUUCGGUGUCGGAGGAGGAGCCGACAUAGAUGUGGAUGUACCGGAACCAGCAGUCGAAGUUAAGGCUGAGGUACCAGAUGUUGAUAUCGGAGGCGGUAUUGGAGGAGGUUUCGGAGGUGGUUUUGGAGGUGGCCUAGGUGGGGGCAUUGAUGCUGAUGUAAGUGCGCCUGAAGUAGAAAUUGAAGCACCUGAUCUAGAUAUCGGGGGAGGAAUUGGUGGUGGGUUCGGCGGUGGUAUUGGAGGAGAUGCUGAUAUCGACGUUUCUGCACCUGAUGUUGAUAUAGGCGGAGGUUUCGGCUUCGGCUUCGGAGGCAAGAAGAAAAAGAAGUCUGGAAGUUCUUCUUCAAGUGAUGACAGCAAGAAGAAGAAGAAGAAGGGAGGAUUUGGAUUUGGUUUCGGCGGUAAAGCCGAUGUUGCUGUUCCAGAUGUUGACUUGAAAGUCAAAGCAGAUGCUGAUAUAGAUGUUCCUGAGCCAGAAAUCAAGGUUAAAGCCAAUGCUCCUGAUGUUGAUAUUGGUGGAGGUGCUGAUAUUGAUAUUGGCGGUGGAGCAAAUGUUGAUCUAGACGUAAAGAAGCCAGAUAUUGACGUUGGCGGUGGUUUCGGCUUCGGCUUUGGAGGCAAGAAGAAAAAGAAGUCUGGAAGUUCUUCUUCAAGUGAUGACAGCAAGAAGAAGAAGAAGAAGGGAGGAUUUGGAUUUGGAUUCGGCGGUAAAGCCGAUGUUGAUGUUCCAGAUGUUGACUUGAACGUCAAAGCAGAUGCUGAUAUUGAUGUUCCUGAGCCAGAAAUCAAGGUUAAAGCUGAUGCGCCUGAUGUUGACGUUGGAGGUGGUUUCGGCUUCGGCUUUGGAGGCAAGAAGAAAAAGAAGUCUGGAAGUUCUUCUUCAAGUGAUGACAGCAAGAAGAAGAAGAAGAAGGGAGGAUUUGGAUUUGGAUUUGGCGGUAAAGCCGAUGUUGAUGUUCCAGAUGUUGACUUGAACGUCAAAGCAGAUGCUGAUAUUGAUGUUCCUGAGCCAGAAAUCAAGGUUAAAGCUGAUGCGCCUGAUGUUGACGUUGGAGGUGGUUUCGGCUUCGGCUUUGGAGGCAAGAAGAAAAAGAAGUCUGGAAGUUCUUCUUCGAGUGAUGACAGCAAGAAGAAGAAGAAGAAGGGAGGAUUUGGAUUCGGAUUCGGCGGUAAAGCCGAUGUUGAUGUUCCAGAUGUUGACUUGAACGUCAAAGCGGAUGCUGAUAUUGAUGUUCCUGAGCCAGAAAUCAAAGUUAAAGCUGAUGCGCCUGAUGUUGACGUUGGAGGUGGUUUCGGCUUCGGCUUUGGAGGCAAGAAGAAAAAGAAGUCUGGAAGUUCUUCUUCGAGUGAUGACAGCAAGAAGAAGAAGAAGAAGGGAGGAUUUGGAUUCGGAUUCGGCGGUAAAGCCGAUGUUGAUGUUCCAGAUGUUGACUUGAACGUCAAAGCAGAUGCUGAUAUCGAUGUUCCUGAGCCAGAAAUCAAAGUUAAAGCUGAUGCGCCUGAUGUUGACGUUGGAGGUGGUUUCGGCUUCGGCUUUGGAGGCAAGAAGAAAAAGAAGUCUGGAAGUUCUUCUUCAAGUGAUGACAGCAAGAAGAAGAAGAAGAAGGGAGGAUUUGGAUUUGGAUUCGGCGGUAAAGCCGAUGUUGAUGUUCCAGAUGUUGACUUGAACGUCAAAGCAGAUGCUGAUAUCGAUGUUCCUGAGCCAGAAAUCAAAGUCAAGGCUGAUGCUCCUGAUGUUGAUAUCGGUGGUGGCAUCGGUGGUGGUCUUGACAUCGGUGGGAGUGUUGAUGCUAAUUUGCCGAAUAUUGGAGGUUCAGUCGAUGCAGAUAUUGAUGUGGACAAACCAAAAGUUGGAGGUGGUUUCGGCUUUGGCUUCGGAGGAAAGAAGAAAAAGAAGUCAGGCGGCAGUUCUUCUUCAAGUUCGAGUGACGGUGGUAAGAAGAAAAAGAAGGGAGGAUUUGGAUUUGGAUUCGGCGGUAAAGCUGAUGUAGAUGUUCCAGAUGUUGACUUGAACGUCAAAGCAGAUGCUGAUAUUGAUGUUCCUGAGCCUGAAAUCAAGGUUAAAGCCGAUGCUCCUGAUAUUGAUAUUGGUGGAGGUGCUGAUAUUGAUAUUGGCGGUGGAGCUGAUGUUGAUCUAGACGUAAAGAAGCCAGAUGUUGACGUUGGAGGUGGUUUCGGCUUCGGCUUUGGAGGCAAGAAGAAAAAGAAGUCUGGAAGUUCUUCUUCAAGUGAUGACAGCAAGAAGAAGAAGAAGAAGGGAGGAUUUGGAUUUGGUUUCGGUGGUAAAGCCGAUGUUGAUGUUCCAGAUGUUGACUUAAACGUCAAAGCAGAUGCUGAUAUCGAUGUUCCUGAGCCAGAAAUCAAGGUUAAAGCCGAUGCUCCUGAUGUUGAUAUUGGUGGAGGUGCUGAUAUUGAUAUUGGCGGUGGAGGUGGUUUCGGCUUCGGCUUUGGAGGCAAGAAGAAAAAGAAGUCUGGAAGUUCUUCAUCAAGUGAUGACAGCAAGAAGAAGAAGAAGAAGGGAGGAUUUGGAUUUGGAUUCGGUGGUAAAGCCGAUGUUGAUGUUCCAGAUGUUGACUUGAACGUCAAAGCAGAUGCUGAUAUCGAUGUUCCUGAGCCAGAAAUCAAGGUUAAGGCUGAUGCUCCUGAUGUUGAUAUUGGUGGAGGUGCUGAUAUUGAUAUUGGCGGUGGAGCAGACGUUGAUCUAGAUGUUAAGAAACCAAAAGGUGGAUUUGGCUUCGGAUUCGGCGGAAAGAAGAAGGACAGUUCAAGUUCGAGUGACGAUGGUAAGAAGAAGAAGAAGAAGGGAGGAUUUGGAUUUGGAUUCGGCGGCAAAGGCAAGGGUGGCGUCGAUGUUCCAGAUGUUGACUUGAACGUCAAAGCAGAUGCCGAUAUUGAUGUUCCUGAGCCAGAAAUCAAGGUCAAGGCUGAUGCUCCUGAUGUUGAUAUUGGUGGAGGUGCUGAUAUUGAUAUUGGCGGUGGAGCAGACGUUGAUCUAGAUGUCAAGAAACCAAAAGGUGGAUUUGGCUUCGGAUUCGGCGGAAAGAAGAAGGGAGACUCUUCUUCAUCAUCCAGUGAUGAUGACAAGAAGAAGAAGAAGAAGGGAGGAUUUGGAUUUGGAUUCGGUGGCAAAGCCAAGGGUGGUGUCGAUGUUCCAGAUGUUGACUUGAACGUCAAAGCAGAUGCCGACAUUGAUGUUCCUGAGCCAGAAAUCAAGGUUAAGGCUGAUGCUCCUGAUGUUGAUAUUGGUGGAGGUGCUGAUAUUGAUAUUGGCGGUGGAGCAGACGUUGAUCUAGAUGUCAAGAAACCAAAAGGUGGAUUUGGCUUCGGAUUCGGCGGAAAGAAGAAGGGAGACUCUUCUUCAUCAUCCAGUGAUGAUGACAAGAAGAAGAAGAAGAAGGGAGGAUUUGGAUUUGGGUUCGGCGGCAAAGCCAAGGGUGGCGUCGAUGUUCCAGAUGUUGACUUGAACGUCAAAGCAGAUGCUGAUAUUGAUGUUCCUGAGCCAGAAAUCAAGGUUAAAGCCGAUGCUCCUGAUGUUGAUAUUGGUGGAGGUGCUGAUAUUGAUAUCGGCGGUGGAGCAGACGUUGAUCUAGAUGUCAAGAAACCAAAAGGUGGAUUUGGCUUCGGAUUCGGCGGAAAGAAGAAAAGAGACUCUUCUUCAUCAUCCAGUGAUGAUGACAAGAAGAAGAAGAAGAAGGGAGGAUUUGGAUUUGGAUUCGGCGGCAAAGCCAAGGGUGGCGUCGAUGUUCCAGAUGUUGACUUGAACGUCAAAGCAGAUGCCGACAUUGAUGUUCCUGAGCCAGAAAUCAAGGUCAAGGCUGAUGCUCCUGAUGUCGAUAUUGGUGGAGGUGCUGAUAUCGAUAUUGGCGGUGGAGCAGACGUUGAUCUAGACGUAAAGAAGCCAAAAGGAGGAUUCGGCUUCGGGUUUAGUGGAAAGGGAUCAGGGUCCAGUGAUGAUGAUAAGAAGAAAAAGAAGAAGAAGAAGUCUAGCUUUAAAUUUGGCAUGGGAGGAAAAGCUAAAGGUGGUAUUGACACACCUGAUGUUGACCUCAACGUCAAAGCAGAUGCCGAUAUUGAUGUUCCUGAGCCAGAAAUCAAGGUUAAAGCUGACGCUCCUGAUAUUGACAUUGGUGGAGGUGCUGACGUAGAUAUUGGUGGUGGAGCAGAUAUCGAUAUAGGAGGUGAUAUUGACGUUGACAAACCAAAAAUUGGAGGAGGAUUUGGUUUUGGAUUCGGCGGAAAGAAGAAGGGAGACUCUUCUUCAUCAUCCAGUGAUGAUGACAAGAAGAAGAAGAAGAAGGGAGGAUUUGGAUUUGGAUUCGGUGGCAAAGCCAAGGGUGGUGUCGAUGUUCCAGAUGUUGACUUGAACGUCAAAGCAGAUGCCGACAUUGAUGUUCCUGAGCCAGAAAUCAAGGUUAAGGCUGAUGCUCCUGAUGUUGAUAUUGGUGGAGGUGCUGAUAUUGAUAUUGGCGGUGGAGCAGACGUUGAUCUAGAUGUCAAAAAGCCAAAAGGUGGAUUUGGCUUCGGAUUCGGCGGAAAGAAGAAGGGAGACUCUUCUUCAUCAUCCAGUGAUGAUGACAAGAAAAAGAAGAAGAAGGGAGGAUUUGGAUUCGGAUUCGGCGGCAAAGCCAAGGGUGGCGUCGAUGUUCCAGAUGUUGACUUGAACGUCAAAGCAGAUGCCGACAUUGAUGUUCCUGAGCCAGAAAUCAAGGUCAAGGCUGAUGCUCCUGAUGUUGAUAUUGGUGGAGGUGCUGAUAUCGAUAUUGGCGGUGGAGCAGACGUUGAUCUAGACGUAAAGAAGCCAAAAGGAGGAUUCGGCUUCGGGUUUAGUGGAAAGGGAUCAGGGUCCAGUGAUGAUGAUAAGAAGAAAAAGAAGAAGAAGAAGUCUAGCUUUAAAUUUGGCAUGGGAGGAAAAGCUAAAGGUGGUAUUGACACACCUGAUGUUGACCUCAACGUCAAAGCAGAUGCCGAUAUUGAUGUUCCUGAGCCAGAAAUCAAGGUUAAAGCUGACGCUCCCGAUAUUGAUAUUGGUGGAGGUGCAGACGUAGAUAUUGGUGGUGGAGCAGAUAUCGAUAUAGGAGGUGAUAUUGACGUUGACAAACCAAAAAUUGGAGGAGGAUUUGGUUUUGGAUUCGGCGGAAAGAAGAAGGGAGACUCUUCUUCAUCAUCCAGUGAUGAUGGCAAGAAGAAGAAGAAGAAGGGAGGCUUUGGCUUCGGAUUCGGUGGUAAAGCAAAGGGUGGUAUUGAUACUCCCGACGUUGAUCUCAACGUGAAGGCAGAUGCUGAUCUUGGAGGAUCAGGAGGUAAACUACCAUCUCCGAAUGCUGAUGUGAAUAUUGCUGAUAUUGAUAUUGAUGUUAAUCCUGCAAAACCGAGCGGGGAUAUCCAUGUUAAAGGUCCCAACGUUAGUGGGGACGUUGAUGUAAAGAAACCCAAAGUUGAAGGCAAGGGCGGCUUCGGAUUUGGGUUUGGAGGGAGUAGCUCAAGUGAUGACGGAAAGAAAAAGAAGAAGGGGAGCUUCAAGUUUGGUCUCGGCGGCAAAGGUGAUGCUGAUAUUGACCUCAAGCUUAAAGGAGAUGCAGACAUUGACAUCCAAGAUCCUAAAAUCAAGGUCAAGGCUGACACACCUGAUGCCGAUAUUAAGGUUAAAACUCCUAAAGUAAAGGGAGAUGUAGAUGUGAGUGGCGAUGUUGAUAUCGACCUUAAAAAACCUAAAGGCAAAGGAGGUUUUGGUAUAGGGUUUGGCGGCAAGAGAAGUGGCUCUAGUAGUUCAAGUGAUGAUGACAAGAAAAAGAAGAAAAAGAAAGGAAGCUUCAAGUUUGGCCUCGGCGGCAAAGGUGAUGCCGAUAUUGAUCUCAAGCUUAAAGGAGACGCUGACAUUGAUAUCCAAGAUCCUAAAAUCAAGGUCAAGGCCGACAAACCAGAUGCCGAUAUUAAGAUAAAAACUCCUAAAGUAAAGGGAGAUGUGGAUGUAGAUAUCAAAAAACCUAAAGGCAAAGGAGGUUUUGGUAUUGGAUUUGGUGGCAAGAAAAGUGGCUCUAGUAGUUCAAGUGAUGACGGCAAGAAAAAGAAGAAGGGAGGUUUCAAAUUUGGUCUCGGCGGCAGUGGUGAUGCCGAUGUUGAACUCAAACUGAAAGGAGACGCAGAUAUUGAUAUCCCAGAUCCUAAAAUCAAGGUCAAGGCUGACAAACCAGAUGCCGAUAUCAAGGUUAAAACUCCUAAAGUAAAGGGAGAUGUGGAUGUAGAUAUCAAAAAACCGAAAGGCAAAGGAGGUUUUGGUAUAGGAUUUGGCGGCAAGAAAAGUGGCUCUAGUAGUUCAAGUGAUGAUGACAAGAAAAAGAAGAAAAAGAGAGGAAGCUUCAAGUUUGGCCUCGGGGGCAAAGGUGAUGCCGAUAUUGAUAUCAAGCUUAAAGGAGACGCUGACAUUGAUAUCCCUGAUCCUAAAAUCAAGGUUAAGGCCGACAAACCAGAUGCUGAUAUUAAGAUAAAAACUCCUAAAGUAAAGGGAGAUGUGGAUGUAGAUAUCAAAAAACCUAAAGGCAAAGGAGGUUUUGGUAUUGGAUUUGGUGGCAAGAAAAGUGGCUCUAGUAGUUCAAGUGAUGACGGCAAGAAAAAGAAGAAGGGAGGUUUCAAAUUUGGUCUCGGCGGCAGUGGUGAUGCCGAUGUUGAACUCAAACUGAAAGGAGACGCAGAUAUUGAUAUCCCAGAUCCUAAAAUCAAGGUCAAGGCUGACAAACCAGAUGCCGAUAUCAAGGUUAAAACUCCUAAAGUAAAGGGAGAUGUGGAUGUAGAUAUCAAAAAACCGAAAGGCAAAGGAGGUUUUGGUAUAGGAUUUGGCGGCAAGAAAAGUGGCUCUAGUAGUUCAAGUGAUGAUGACAAGAAAAAGAAGAAAAAGAGAGGAAGCUUCAAGUUUGGCCUCGGGGGCAAAGGUGAUGCUGAUAUUGAUAUCAAGCUUAAAGGAGACGCUGACAUUGAUAUCCCUGAUCCUAAAAUCAAGGUUAAGGCCGACAAACCAGAUGCUGAUAUUAAGAAUAAAACUCCUAAAGUAAAGGGAGAUGUGGAUGUAGAUAUCAAAAAACCUAAAGGCAAAGGAGGUUUUGGUAUUGGAUUUGGUGGCAAGAAAAGUGGCUCUAGUAGUUCAAGUGAUGACGGCAAGAAAAAAAAGAAGGGAGGUUUCAAAUUUGGUCUCGGCGGCAGUGGUGAUGCCGAUGUUGAACUGAAACUGAAAGGAGACGCAGAUAUUGAUAUCCCAGAUCCUAAAAUCAAGGUCAAGGCCGACAAACCAGAUGCUGAUAUUAAGAUUAAAACUCCUAAAGUAAAGGGAGAUGUUGAUGUAGAUAUCAAAAAACCUAAAGGCAAAGGAGGUUUUGGUAUUGGAUUUGGUGGCAAGAAAAGUGGCUCUUGUAGUUCAAGUGAUGACGACAAGAAAAAGAAGAAGGGAGGUUUCAAAUUUGGUCUCGGCGGCAGUGGUGAUGCCGAUGUUGAUCUCAAACUGAAAGGUGACGCAGAUAUUGAUAUCCCAGAUCCUAAAAUCAAGGUCAAGGCUGACAAACCAGAUGCCGAUAUCAAGGUUAAAACUCCUAAAGUAAAGGGAGAUGUGGAUGUAGAUAUCAAAAAACCGAAAGGCAAAGGAGGUUUUGGUAUAGGAUUUGGCGGCAAGAAAAGUGGCUCUAGUAGUUCAAGUGAUGAUGACAAGAAAAAGAAGAAAAAGAAAGGAAGCUUCAAGUUUGGCCUCGGCGGCAAAGGUGAUGCCGAUAUUGAUCUCAAGCUUAAAGGAGACGCUGACAUUGAUAUUCCAGAUCCUAAAAUCAAGGUCAAGGCUGACAAACCAGAUGCCGAUAUCAAGGUUAAAACUCCUAAAGUAAAGGGAGAUGUGGAUGUAGAUAUCAAAAAACCGAAAGGCAAAGGAGGUUUUGGUAUUGGAUUUGGUGGCAAGAAAAGUGGCUCUUGUAGUUCAAGUGAUGACGACAAGAAAAAGAAGAAGGGAGGUUUCAAAUUUGGUCUCGGCGGCAGUGGUGAUGCCGAUGUUGACCUCAAACUGAAAGGAGACGCAGAUAUUGAUAUCCCAGAUCCUAAAAUCAAGGUCAAGGCUGACAAACCCGAUGCUGAUAUCAAGGUUAAAACUCCUAAAGUAAAGGGAGAUGUGGAUGUAGAUAUCAAAAAACCUAAAGGCAAAGGAGGUUUUGGUAUAGGAUUUGGCGGCAAGAAAAGUGGCUCUAGUAGUUCAAGUGAUGAUGACAAGAAAAAGAAAAAAAAGAGAGGAAGCUUUAAGUUUGGCCUCGGCGGCAAAGGUGAUGCCGAUAUUGAUCUCAAGCUUAAAGGAGACGCUGACAUUGAUAUCCCAGAUCCUAAAAUCAAGGUCAAAGCCGACAAACCAGAUGCUGAUAUUAAGAUUAAAACUCCUAAAGUAAAGGGAGAUGUGGAUGUAGAUAUCAAAAAACCUAAAGGCAAAGGAGGUUUUGGUAUUGGAUUUGGUGGCAAGAAAAGUGGCUCUAGUAGUUCAAGUGAUGACGGCAAGAAAAAGAAGAAGGGAGGUUUCAAAUUUGGUCUCGGUGGUAGUGGUGAUGCCGAUGUUGACCUCAAACUGAAAGGAGACGCAGAUAUUGAUAUCCCAGAUCCUAAAAUCAAGGUCAAGGCUGACAAACCAGAUGCCGAUAUCAAGGUUAAAACUCCUAAAGUAAAGGGAGAUGUGGAUGUAGAUAUCAAAAAACCUAAAGGCAAAGGAGGUUUUGGUAUAGGAUUUGGCGGCAAGAAAAGUGGCUCUAGUAGUUCAAGUGAUGAUGACAAGAAAAAGAAGAAAAAGAAAGGAAGCUUCAAGUUUGGCCUCGGCGGCAAAGGUGAUGCCGAUAUUGAUCUCAAGCUUAAAGGAGACGCUGACAUUGAUAUUCCAGAUCCUAAAAUCAAGGUCAAAGCCGACAAACCAGAUGCUGAUAUUAAGAUUAAAACUCCUAAAGUAAAGGGAGAUGUGGAUGUAGAUAUCAAAAAACCUAAGGGCAAAGGAGGUUUUGGUAUUGGAUUUGGUGGCAAGAAAAGUGGCUCUAGUAGUUCAAGCGAUGACGGCAAGAAAAAGAAGAAGGGAGGUUUCAAAUUUGGUCUCGGCGGCAGUGGUGAUGCCGAUGUUGACCUCAAACUAAAAGGAGACGCAGAUAUUGAUAUCCCAGAUCCUAAAAUCAAGGUCAAGGCUGACAAACCAGAUGCCGAUAUCAAGGUUAAAACUCCUAAAGUAAAGGGAGAUGUGGAUGUAGAUAUCAAAAAACCGAAAGGCAAAGGAGGUUUUGGUAUAGGAUUUGGCGGCAAGAAAAGUGGCUCUAGUAGUUCAAGUGAUGAUGACAAGAAAAAGAAAAAAAAGAGAGGAAGCUUCAAGUUUGGCCUCGGCGGCAAAGGUGAUGCCGAUAUUGAUUUCAAGCUUAAAGGAGACGCUGACAUUGAUAUUCCAGAUCCUAAAAUCAAGGUCAAGGCUGACAAACCAGAUGCCGAUAUCAAGGUUAAAACUCCUAAUGUAAAGGGAGAUGUGGAUGUAGAUAUCAAAAAACCGAAAGGCAAAGGAGGUUUUGGUAUAGGAUUUGGCGGCAAGAAAAGUGGCUCUAGUAGUUCAAGUGAUGAUGACAAGAAAAAGAAGAAAAAGAGAGGAAGCUUCAAGUUUGGCCUCGGCGGCAAAGGUGAUGCCGAUGUUGAUCUCAAGCUUAAAGGAGACGCUGACAUUGAUAUUCCAGAUCCUAAAAUCAAGGUCGAAGCCGACAAACCAGAUGCUGAUAUUAAGAUUAAAACUCCUAAAGUAAAGGGAGAUGUGGAUGUAGAUAUCAAAAAACCUAAAGGCAAAGGAGGUUUUGGUAUUGGAUUUGGUGGCAAAAAAAGUGGCUCUAGUAGUUCAAGUGAUGACGGCAAGAAAAAGAAGAAGGGAGGUUUCAAAUUUGGUCUCGGCGGCAGUGGUGAUGCUGAUGUUGACCUGAAACUGAAAGGAGACGCAGAUAUUGAUAUUCCAGAUCCUAAAAUCAAGGUGAAGGCUGACAAACCAGAUGCUGAUAUUGAGGUUAAAACUCCUAAAGUAAAGGGAGAUGUGGAUGUAGAUAUCAAAAAACCUAAAGGCAAAGGAGGUUUUGGUAUAGGAUUUGGUGGCAAGAAAAGUGGCUCCAGUAGUUCAAGUGAUGACGACAAGAAAAAGAAGAAAAAGAAAGGAAGCUUCAAGUUUGGUCUCGGCGGCAAAGGUGAUGCCGAUAUUGAUCUCAAGCUUAAAGGAGACGCUGACAUUGAUAUCCCAGAUCCUAAAAUCAAGGUGAAGGCCGACAAACCAGAUGCUGAUAUCAAGGUUAAAACUCCUAAAGUAAAGGGAGAUGUAGAUAUAGAGAAGCCCCAUCUUGAAGGUAAAGGUGGCUUUGGAUUUGGAUUCGGCAGAAAGAAAAGCGGCUCAAGUAGUUCAAGUAGCUCUAGUAAUGACGAAAAGAAAAAGAAAAGGGGCUUCGGGUUUGGAUUCGGUGGAAAAGGCGAUGCUGAUGUUGAUCUAACAUUGAAGGGUGAUGCCGAUGUAGAUAUUCCAGUUGGUGGUGAUCUCGACGCAGAUGUAAGCGCUCCUAAGAUUAAGGCCGACAUUGAUGCUCCAAAAGCGGACGUAGACUUGGAUGCAAACGUUAAAGGACCUAAAUUAAAGGGAAAAUCAUCCUUUAAAUUCCCAUCCUUCGGGUUCGGAGGAUCAGGAGGAGGAAAGGUCAAGGGACCAAAGAUUGACGGUAACAUCAGUGGAAGCCUCAGUGGCAGUGGACCAGAUAUCAAGGUCAAAGGACCGAAAGUUAAAGCACCUAAAGGAGAUGUCGAUGUUGAUUUGAAUCUUGGUGGAGGAGCUGAUCUCGACGUUAAAGGACCUGACGUUGACGUUGACGUCAAAGCACCAAAAGCAGACUUGGACAUCGGUGGUGGAGCCGAUAUUGAUAUCAGUGGUCCUAAAGUAGAUGCCGACCUAGAAGCAAACGUUAAGGGACCUAAAGUCAAGGGAAAGAAAUCGUCCUUUAAAUUCCCAUCCUUCGGGUUUGGAGGAUCAGGAGGAGGAAAGGUCAAGGGACCCAAGAUUGACGGUAACAUCAGUGGAAGCCUCAGUGGCAGUGGACCAGAUAUCAAGGUCAAAGGACCUAAAGUUAAAGCACCUAAAGGAGAUGUCGAUGUUGAUUUGAAUCUAGGUGGAGGAGCUGAUCUCGACGUUAAAGGACCUGAUGUUGAUGUCGAUGUUAAAGCACCAGACGCAGACGUGGAUAUCGGUGGUGGUGGUGGUGGUAGUUUCAAAUUCCCAUCCUUCGGGUUCGGAGGAUCAGGAGGAGGAAAGGUCAAGGGACCAAAGAUUGAUGGUAGCAUCAGUGGAAGCCUCAGUGGCAGUGGACCAGAUAUCAAGGUCAAAGGACCUAAAGUUAAAGCACCUAAAGGAGAUGUCGAUGUCGAUUUGAAUCUAGGUGGAGGAGCUGAUCUCGACGUUAAAGGACCCGAUGUUGAUGUUGAUGUUAAAGCACCAGACGCAGACGUGGAUAUCGGUGGUGGUGGUGGUUUCAAAUUCCCAUCCUUCGGGUUCGGAGGAUCAGGAGGAGGAAAGGUCAAGGGACCAAAGAUUGACGGUAACAUCAGUGGAAGCCUCAGUGGCAGUGGACCAGAUAUCAAGGUCAAAGGACCGAAAGUUAAAGCACCUAAAGGAGAUGUCGAUGUUGAUUUGAAUCUAGGUGGAGGAGCUGAUCUCGACGUUAAAGGACCUGAUGUUGAUGUCGAUGUUAAAGCACCAGACGCAGACGUGGAUAUCGGUGGUGGUGGUGGUUUCAAAUUCCCAUCCUUCGGGUUCGGAGGAUCAGGAGGAGGAAAGGUCAAGGGACCAAAGAUUGAUGGUAGCAUCAGUGGAAGCCUCAGUGGCAGUGGACCAGAUAUCAAGGUCAAAGGACCAAAAGUUAAAGCACCUAAAGGAGAUGUCGAUGUUGAUUUGAAUCUUGGUGGAGGAGCUGAUCUCGACGUUAAAGGACCCGAUGUUGAUAUAAAUGGCCCUAAAGUAGACGCCGACAUAGAUGCAGACAUAAAGGCACCUAAAGUAAAGGGAAAAUCAUCCUUUAAAUUACCAUCCUUCGGGUUUGGAGGAUCAGGAGGAGGAAAGGUCAAGGGACCAAAGAUUGAUGGUAGCAUCAGUGGAAGCCUCAGUGGCAGUGGACCAGAUAUCAAGGUCAAAGGACCGAAAGUUAAAGCACCUAAAGGAGAUGUUGAUGUUGAUUUGAAUCUUGGUGGAGGAGCUGAUCUUGACGUUAAAGGACCCGAUGUUGAUAUUAAUGGUCCUAAAGUAGACGUGGAUGCUGAUUUAGACGCAGAUAUCAGAGGCCCCAAACUCAAAUUCCCAUCCUUCGGGUUCGGAGGAUCAGGAGGAGGAAAGGUCAAGGGACCAAAGAUUGAUGGUAGCAUCAGUGGAAGCCUCAGUGGCAGUGGACCAGAUAUCAAGGUCAAAGGACCGAAAGUUAAAGCACCUAAAGGAGAUGUCGAUGUUGAUUUGAAUCUAGGUGGAGGAGCUGAUCUCGACGUUAAAGGACCUGAUGUUGAUGUCGAUGUUAAAGCACCAGACGCAGACGUGAAUAUCGGUGGUGGCGGUGGUGGUGGUUUCAAAUUCCCAUCCUUCGGGUUCGGAGGAUCAGGAGGAGGAAAGGUCAAGGGACCAAAGAUUGAUGGUAGCAUCAGUGGAAGCCUCAGUGGCAGUGGACCAGAUAUCAAGGUCAAAGGACCGAAAGUUAAAGCACCUAAAGGAGAUGUCGAUGUUGAUUUGAAUCUAGGUGGAGGAGCUGAUCUCGACGUUAAAGCACCAAAGGCAGACCUAGACGCUGACCUGAACAUAGGAGGUGAUGCAGAUAUUGACAUUAAAGGUCCCAAAGCAGACCUUGAUCUGGAUAUGAAGAAACCUAAAGGAAAGGGAGGUUUCAAAUUCCCCAAUUUCGGAUUCGGUGGAAAAGCCAAAAGCCCUGAUAUAGAUCUCAAUGCUGAUGCUAAACUUAAGGGUAGUAUAGACGGUAGUCUUAAUGGUGAUAUCAGUGGUCCCGACGUCAAAAUAGAAGGACCUAAAGUAGAAGCACCGAAAGGAGAUGUUGAUCUUGACCUGAAGAUUGGUGGCGGUGCCGACAUUGAUGUUAAUGGUCCAAAAGCUGACGUUGAUCUGGAUGUGAAGAAACCCAAAGCUAAGGGUGGUUUCAAAUGGCCCAAAUUCAGGGGCAAAGCAAAGGGACCCCAGCCUGAUGCUAACAUAACAGUCGGUGCAGCAGUUGACGGUAAUGUUGAUGCCAACUUCUCAGAUGACUCUGUGAACGGUGGAGGACUUUGCGUUCCAUCAAAGAAAGGAAAGAAGAAGGUGAAAGGAAGCAAAAAAUCCAAGAAGCUGGGUGGACUCGACCUCAACGUCCAAAAAGCUUCCCCUGACCUUAAUAUCAAAAUGGAUGCUGACGCCAAGAAAGGCGGAUCAAUCGGCGGAGAUGUUGAUGCUGAUCUGAAGGUAGGUGGUGGCAUCGGCGGUGGAAUCGGCGGUGGUAUCGGUGGAGACAUCGGUGGUGGCCUCGGUGGUGGAAUCAAAAUCAAUGGAAAAGGAUCAAAAUCAUCAUCUUCAUCCUCUAGCGAUGACUCUAAGAAAAAGAAGAAAGGUGGAUUCGGAUUCGGAUUAGGUGGCAAAGCCAGUGGACCUGAUGUUGACUUAAAUUUGGGUGGUGGAGUAGAUGUGAAAGGCCCAGAAGUUGAUGUAUCUGCACCUGACGUAAAAGUCUCUGGUGGAGGUGAUAUCGGUGGAGGAUUUGGAGGAGGAAUUGGUGGAGGAAUCGGAGGAGGAUUAGAUACUGAUGUCAAGGUCGCAGCACCAGAAGUUAACUCUAGUGUAGACGUAGACACCGGCGCUAGUUUAGAGGCUGAUUUGUUUGGAAAAGGUGGAGCCGAUGUUAGCGGACCAGACCUUAGUUUCGGAGGCGGUCUUGGUGGUGGUAUCAAAGUCAAAGGAUCUAAGUCAUCGUCAUCAUCAUCCAGUGACGAUUCGAAGAAAAAGAAGAAGAAAGGAGGCUUCGGAUUCGGAUUCGGUGCUAGUGUUCCAGAUGUAGACGUAAAUCUAGGAGCCAGCGCUGAUGCUCCAGAUGCAAGUAUUGGUGGAGGUCUUGGCGGUGACAUUGAUCUUGGCGGUGGUGUUGAUCUUGAUGCUGAUGUUGCUGUUGCAGCCCCUGAGGUCAAAGCUGAUGCCGAUAUCGGAAGUGGUUUCGGUGGUGGUCUGAGCCUUGGUGGAGAUCUUGGCGGUGGCAUUGAUCUUGGCGGCGGUGCCGACCUUGAUGCUGAUGUUGCUGUUGCAGCCCCUGAGGUUAAAGCUGAUGCUGACAUUGGAAGUGGAUUCGGCGGUGGUCUGAGCCUUGGUGGAGGUUUUGGCGGUGACAUUGAUCUUGGCGGCGGUGCCGACCUUGAUGCUGAUGUUGCUGUUGCAGCCCCUGAGGUCAAAGCUGAUGCUGACAUUGGAAGUGGAUUUGGUGGAGGUCUGAGCCUUGGUGGAGGUUUCGGUGGGGGUGCCGACCUUGAUGCUGACGUUGCUGUUGCAGCCCCUGAGGUCAAAGCUGAUGCCGAUAUCGGAAGUGGAUUCGGUGGUGGUCUGAGCCUUGGUGGAGGUGCUGAUCUUGAUGCUGACAUUACUGUCGCUGCCCCUGAGGUUAAAGCUGAUGCUGAUAUCAGAAGUGGUCUCGGUGGAGGUCUGAGCCUUGGUGGAGGUAUUGGUGGAGGUGCUGACCUAGGUGCUGGUGCUGGCGCUGGUGCUGAUGUAGAUGUCGGUGCAGGUGGCGGAGCGGGAUUAGAAAUCGGUGGAGGUGCUGGUGGAGAUGCUAGUGCUGAUAUCAGUUUAGGAGGCGGCGGCGGUUUGUUAGGCGCCCUCGGUUUCGGCAAAAAGAAGAAGAAGAAGACGAAGAGGAGAAAGAAGGGUUCAAAAUCAUCAAAAUCAUCAUCGAGCUCAUCGAGCUCUUCCUCAUCGAGUUCAUCAUCGUCGUCAAGUUCAUCCGACAGCGACUCAAAGAAAGACUAGCGACUCGACUAGUUAGAUUGCAUGCAUUUCUCAGCAUUUCGGGGUAGUGUUGCGACCCAGAACAGAAUCAAAAGAAAGGGGCCAUGAGAUUCGGUUACAUUAGCCGACAAACUAGGACUGCGGCUGACAAACAUCAAUUCAUAACUCACGUGUCCAUCACGUGAUAAUCACAUGAGAAAUGUGCGCGGCUCCCCAUAACGUGCAGUUUUUCACGAUUUUAAUCUAUUCAGCUCAACACUCAAACACUCGAUACAUUUUACUAGGAGACCUGGACAGGAAACUGUAAAUACGCAUUGUUUCAUUUAUGACUUAUUUACAACGAUCUGUUUGUAUAGCGAUUGAAGAAAGUGGAGCAUUUUUGUUAAAUUUGUUAACCAAAUCAGUUUUCCGCUUCGAAGGGGCUGCUUUAUUUUGAUUUCAAAUUUUUUAAUUUAAAAAUGCGACAAGAAAAUUCAUUUUUGCCGCCACAGACGUAUUUUAACCAGGAUACAAUGUUUCGGGUUUUUAGUUGAGAGAUUUUUGCUAAGCUAAAAAUUCACUGGCGGCAGAAAGGCGACGUGCUACGUGUGUAAUUCUGCUUUAUUGUUGAGUUAUUUUGUUUUGAGUUUCAAUUGUUAGACGAAAGAUAGUGAUAUAUUACAGAGAUUUUAUACUUUUAAUUCUGAAUAUGUUAUAGUGA